UGAUUUGGGACGUUCCAUUUGUUAAUUCCCUUUGACCUAUCAUAUUGUUUAAAAAUAGUUGUUAUAGUACGACUAGAUGGCCUAAGAAGUAGGGAUGUUGAAUGCCCUGUGUUAGCAUUCGCUAUGAAAGUUCUGUUAUUAAAAGAGCCAAAGGAAGGGGACUCUGGAUCUGACCCUUAUAUUCAGGAGUUAGCCUCAUAUGGGCUAAAAGCUACCCUGAUCCCUGUCUUGUCUUUUGAGUUUGUUUCCCUUGAUGCAUUAUCUGAAAAGCUGUCACACCCAGAAAAAUAUGGUGGGCUCAUCUUUACCAGCCCCAGGGCAGUGGAAGCUGUGAGCCUGUGUCUAGAACAGAACGGUAAAAGAGAAGAAUGGAUGGAAAGUUUGAAGGAUCAGUGGAAUGCUAAAUCUGUUUAUGUUGUUGGUAAAGCCACAUCCUCUUUGGUUCAAGAAGUUGGCUUGCUCCCUCAGGGUGAAGAUACAGGAAAUGCAGAUAAGCUCUCAAACUAUAUAUGUAAAAAGGAAAACUCUGGUUCAUUGCCUCUUCUUUUUCCCUGUGGAUCACUUAAAAGAGAAGUUCUACCCAAAGCGCUGAAGGAUAAUGGUGUGCCGUUGGAAAGUGUGACUGUCUAUCAGACUGCGCAGCAUCCCAAUCUUCAGAAAGCCCUCAGUGAAUAUUUCUCAAAAGAGGGCAUACCAGCAAGCAUUACUUUCUUCAGUCCAUCAGGAGUAAAGUUUUGCCUGAGUACACUCCAGAAAUUGUCAGGGAAUCGCAUUGAUCAGAUAAAGUUUGCAGCCAUUGGACCAACCACAGCUGAUGCCAUGAAUGCUGAAGGACUGACUGUCAGUUGUUCAGCUGAGAAGCCAACAGCUCAGGACCUGGCAUUGAGGAUAUCACAAGAACUUCAGAAAAUUCAUUGAAUUCAAUGCUACCUGUUGUCUUCUGAGCUGCGACUGAAUGUGUAACAAGUGCAAUACAGCCAAGAAAGCCAAUAAGUCAUUGCUAUUUCUGUGAUGAGAGUCAAGAUUUUAACAGAAAUGCAGACCUAAAUAAAAGUUUCAUUUAC